AUGGAAUUCAUCAAGUUUCUAGCUUACGGAAUCAAGUCCGCGAAGUCAACAAGAUCAGCCCAGCCCAACGAGCGGCGGAAAAAGCGAGGUCCCAGCAUCCAAUCUGUUGUUCAAUAUUACGACGUGUUCCAGAAUCUUCUCCUGGAUCGAGGCACGCCGGUUGAUCCGAAAGUCUCUAAACAUAUUCGAAAGUAUAUCCUCCAUAAUCUGCGUGUCGAGCUAGAUUGCCCCUUUAAUGUUCGGCCACGGAGAUGGCCAAAGAUUGUGCAUUUCAUUCACCUUGGACAGCAACUUUUCGUCCAGGACUACAUUAAAUUCCCUUCAGCUGCGACCCGAGUUUAUUUCUGGGCGUGGUUCUCGUGCAAUGUGGCUAGUGGCUCUCGUAUUGGCGAGCUUGUUGAGUCGAGUGCUCGUGGACAGAACUGUGAUCGUGGGCUACGGUUCAAGGAUGCUCGACUCAUUGUCAUUCGUAAGGAGGAUGGUCAGCCAGGUUUGGCUUUUGAAUUUGAACGAGAUGCAAAGGGAAUGACACUGACGCCUAAUGAGAGGCCACGCCAUGCCAUCUACGAAGCCCCAGAGGGGCAAAUGCUACUACUCAAUCCCAUUUUGCCUAUACUUGCCAUAAUAUUGUCGCGCGGAGCACUUCGCGACUACCAAACUAUUCAAGACAUAUUUCAAAUUCCUGCGCCGCCGAAAGGUCAAGACAUCACACUAACUUGGAGGGAUGAGGUACUAUCGCAGCCAGUCUUUCCCCGUAUUCGCGAAGGCAGCGGCUUAACAGACAAGAUGGAAACCGGGAACAAAUUCGGAGAAUACCUCCGUGCCCUCGGGUUUCGAGCUGGUUUCCCAGAACCGCUGACUAUACAUGACUUCAGAGCCGAGUAUCUACAGCUCCUCGAUAAAAACUACAGCACAUCGCAAAGACAAAGGUCUGCUGGUCAAAGAAGUAUGGGGGUUUAUGCCCAAAGAUACCAAGCCAAGAAUAGUGGCGCGGACGGAUUUGGCCUUUUGUUCUUUAACAAGGCUGUUGACGGUAUCAACGAAAACCUACGAGGUUCCGGGAUUCGUUUCGAACCAAAUCUGAUACAGAAAUUGUCUGCGGCUAUGGAAUUACAAAUUCACACCGAACACCAGUCCGACAUCAGAAAUCUUGAGGCUCGGAUGCUUUCGCUCAUCCAUACGAAAGCAUCGAAGGUUGAAAGAAACAAAGUCUGGGACGAAAUGAAGAAAUUGUACACGAAUGGCCUUCGCGACAUGCAGGAGGAUGGCAGAACAAAGGACAACGAACCAUUACGUCUUUUCUUCGACCGUGCAAGGCAUAUGAUGCCUGAUAGACACAAUCUUGCAGAGAAUAUUCUCAAAGAAUUCCCACUACGAAGUUCCGAAGGGAUCACUGCUCUUGAUUUUCCGGGCUCGUUUGUCCAAGGAUGA